UUGAUGAUAAUUAUCUCUUUCCCUCAACUACCCUUACUCUCUCUACUCUUCUACUGCAUAAUCCGUACCAGAUAUUAGAUACAAUGGGCGUCGAAGAACUAAGCAGUCUACAAGCAUUCCGGUCUGCCGUUGCAGACAACAUGCUGGUGCUGGUGGAUGCCUACGCAGAUUGGUGUGGCCCGUGCAAGGCCAUCGCUCCCAAGGUGGAGCUGUUCAGCAAUCAGUAUGCCAAUAUCAAAUUCUUCAAGGUCAACGUCGACAAAGUCCCCGAUGUGGCACAGGAGUUGGGAGUGUCGUCCAUGCCCAGUUUCUAUCUCUUUCGAGCGGGCGACUACGUGGAUAAGGUGGUCGGCGCCAAUCCGGGGCUGCUCGAGACCUACCUCAAGAAACAUGCAGAGAGCGCCCAAGGGUAACUGCAUCUACUGAUCAUGUAUAUACCUAUGUCCACUAUUUGGACGAGUCAACCUAGGUUUACUACUUUGUUUUAAUUUCAAACACCCGCGUACCAGCCGGCUUGCUCAAUGCCCAUUGUACUCCAUGCGCCGUGACCGAAUCCCAUCGCUUACACUCAGACAAUGUCGCAUGCACUCGGAAGCCGUGCGGUAAACCAGG